AUGUCGAAUGAUGAUCCAACAAUAAUUUCCAAACAAGGAUGGUUAAAAGUCAAAUUAAAUUCUCAAAUUAAAUGGCAUCGUCGAUAUUGUAUUAUUGAUUGGGACAAAGCUAUUCUAUUUAUUGCAUCUAAAUUCGAUGGACGUUAUCAAGAUCUGAUUAAACUUUUACCAAGUAUUUUUAUUAAUGAAUGUGAAUCUUCAAAUGAUAAUACAAUUGAAAUUAAAACAGAUAAUGAAAUACAUCUAUUACAAGGUGAAUCAAAAAAAGAAUAUGAAUGUUGGUUAUUAGCAUUGAAAAGAACUGCUUAUAGUCGAAUUGGUGGUGCUAUCUUUGGUCAAUCAUUAGAAGAUACAUAUAAAUAUUCUCUUGACAAAACAACUCUUGUACCUUUAAUUGUUCGUCAAUGUUGUGAAUAUCUACUUGAAUAUGGUUCAACAUUUGUUGGUUUAUUUCGAAUACCUGGAAAACAAUCUUCAAUAAAGGAAUUACGUGAUAUGUACGAUCGUGGUUUAUCAAUUAAAUUAAACAAUUCAUAUUCACCAGCAACAAUAUCUUCAUUAUUGAAAAUUUAUCUACAAUCCUUACCUGAACCAAUAAUUCCAGUAAAAAAUUUUGAUGAAUUUUUUGAAAUAGGUUCACGUUUUAAAUAUAAUCAAACAAAUGAUAUUGAUCAUUUAAAAAAUUUAAUAGAAAAAACAUUAUCAAGUGCAAAUUAUGCACUUUUAGCAUACUUAUGUUUAUUUUUAAAAAAACUUACUGAACAUGCUCAGGAAACAAAAAUGGAUACAGAUAAUUUAGCUGUAACUUUUGGAAAUAAUCUUAUUCGAACAUCGGAAGAACUUGAUAUUAAUAUGAUUAAAGGACAUAAUUAUAAUCUACUACCAUUAAUUAAAGUAUUUAUUGAUCAUAGUGAAUAUCUUUUUCCAACUAAUUCAAAUGAAUCAUGUGGACAUUAUAAUGAAUCAAUUACAAAAUCUAGUGGUUUUUCAUCAUUUUCGUCACUUUUAUCAUCCAAUGAACAACCAAUUAGGAUUCAUUCACGUUCAUCAUCAAUGCCAUCCAUGCAUUGUACAAGAUUUUCAUCAUUUGAUAGUUCGAAUUUAAGUUAUAGUGAUCAAUCAGAUACUACUAAUGUGCGUUAUCGUUCAAAAUCAAUUCUAGAAAAAAAACCAAUUGAUACAUCAGCACAAUUAGAUAGUCAACAAUCAUUUACAACAUGUUUUGAAGUAGAUUUUUCAACAGAUCAAGAAGAUGAUGAAAUAAGUGUUAUAGAAAAUCGAGUUUCUAAUAUUGAUGUGAUCAAAAAUCAACAGAGAACUAAACAACAAUCAACAAUAUUAGAACAAAAGCAUAGAUCAGAUAUACCCUCUCAACUUCUAUCAACUAGCAAUGCAUCAUCAUCUAUUCGUAAAAUACCAAAAAGAACUUUUGCUAAUAAAGUCGGCAAAUCUUUAUCAAAUUUUAAAUUCAAUGUAUCAAAAGCAUUUAAUCCACAUUGUUCGUCAUCUGAAACUAUUCAACAUUUAAAUACAAUGAAUAUAUCAUCUCAUCGAACAACAUAUCAACAUGAUAAACGUAAUAUAUUUGAUUCAAGCUUAUUAACUGAUUGUUUAAAAUCUUUACAAAAUGAAAAUCGUAUAUUAAAAGAAUUAAUGGAUAAAAAAGAAACUGCAUUUAUUAACUUAACAAAAACAUCUUAUGAAGAACGUCUUAAAUAUGAAAAAGAAAUUAGUCAAUUAAAACAAACAAUUGAACAAUUAGAACUAGAAAAUUCUCAAUUAAAAGCUCGUUGUCCAUGA